AUGUCCGCGUCGGGCUGGUCGCCAUAUUUGGUGCGCUGUGGCGGCCAGUGCGCAUGUGCAGCAGGUGCACCCAGCGGCCCACCAGUGGUUCGGUGUCAGCUUCGCAAACACAAGCCUAAUCGCAAGCCACGGACGCCGUUCACCACACAACAGCUCCUGGCGCUGGAAAAGAAGUUCAGAGACAAGCAGUAUCUGAGCAUCGCCGAGAGAGCCGAGUUCUCUUCCUCACUUAGAUUGACUGAAACACAGGUAAAAAUAUGGUUCCAAAAUCGACGAGCAAAAGCGAAACGAUUGCAAGAAGCCGAGAUAGAAAAACUAAGACUAUCCGCGCGGCCCCUCCUACCGCCAUCUUUCGCGCUUUUUGGCGGGGGAGGGGCGCCUCCACUAUUCGCAGCGAUGGCAGCUGCCUCCAGACCUCAGUUGAGCUUCCUAGGAGGUCCGCCAAGCCACCAACACGCGAUAAACAUGAAUAUACUAAAUUCUCUCCAACCACAUUGACGAAUGGAUCACGCGGCAACGCGUGAAGCAGACGAUCAGCCGCCAUCUUGAAACAGUGCGUUCGAAAUUUAAAUUGAAAGGGUCCCUAUUCUCUUAUAAGUGCGUUUUGUUUAUUGUUGCGAAUGUUGAAUUGGCCAUUGUAAUGGAAACGCUUUCGUCUCACUGUUGUUUGAGCUCCACACGUUGUGUCAAGGUUUUGUAUUCAGAGUUUGAUGCUGUUGGUAGAAUUAUUUAUCAAAGAAUUUAUGCGGUACGUUAUUUUCACGAAAAUAGGGCAGACAAAAUAAAGUUUUGUCGUCUAUAAUAAGUGUUGAGAAUAGGGACCAUUAGUGUUCGAGAAUUAAAAGUUAAAAAAGUGAAUCAAGGACAACAAGAAAUGUGUUCCAAUUUCAAAAUAAACUUUUCGUUUUGUGCGCUCCUAAAUGUAAGGGUAUGGACACACCAAUGGAAUAAAUAAUUUGCGAAGUUUUAGAUCUUAAGCCACAUUUUAAUGUAACACCUCUGUAUUUAUAAAAAAAUCCAUUAAAAUCUGUGAGUGUAACUUUUGUAGACAAACUAAUGGCUACUGAUGUUUACACGAAAUGAAAAAUCUCUCUAUAAGUGCAAUUUCUCA